UAGAGGCCAAGAACAAAGCUUAAUCGGCAGUCCAAAAUGCAGCAAUGGCAAGGCGACAAACAUUAAGCUACUACACUCUCGCUUUGUUCUCUUCGCUGCCUCUUCACCCCUGUCUCUAUCGUCCACACCCAUAAUACUAUUUUCAGAUGAUUUAGUGUAUUAAUUAACUGUCUUAGGCUGAAACCAAAACUUAAUUAAUUAAAAGCCUUGGGCUCCGCCAUUUUUCUUCGGAGAAAUUCAUUUCACAAGAGCUUCCAAGUAAAAGCACUUUUGGGAUCAUCAACGACUUUGAAUACUGUUCUGGGUCUGCGCUUAUUUUGAUGGCUCUUCAUUCAACUGCUUUCUGCUUCAGUGGCGUGGUUUCUUUGCCUCGCAAUUCGGUGUGUUUUAGUCAAAGGACAGUCAGAGCCUCGGCAUUUUCUUGUCCACCUCUCAGUUCCAUUUCCAGAUCGAAUGUCCAAGGAAAAGCAUUUGCAGGAGAUGCACUACUAGACACAAAGGAAUCCUCCCUUGUGGUUUGUUUUGGGGAAAUGCUUAUUGAUUUUGUCCCAACCACUAGUGGACUUUCAUUGGCUGAAGCACCUGCAUUUAAAAAAGCUGCUGGAGGAGCCCCUGCUAAUGUUGCAGUUGGCAUAGCUCGUCUUGGUGGCUCAUCAGCUUUUAUAGGGAAGGUUGGGGAAGAUGAAUUUGGGUACAUGCUUGCUGAUAUACUAAAGGAAAAUAAUGUGAACAGUGAAGGGAUGCGUUUUGAUCCUGGUGCACGAACUGCUUUAGCAUUUGUUACAUUGAGGAGUGAUGGGGAACGUGAGUUCAUGUUUUAUCGUAAUCCUAGUGCUGAUAUGUUGCUUCAAGAAGCUGAACUUGAUUUUGAUUUAAUUAGGAAGGCAAAAAUUUUACAUUAUGGUUCUAUAAGUCUAAUCACGGAACCAUGCAAGUCUGCUCAUAUUGCAGCAGCUAAAGCUGCAAAGGACGCUGGUGUAGUUUUGUCCUAUGAUCCUAACCUCAGGCUUCCAUUGUGGCCUUCUGCAAAGAGUGCCAGAGAAGGAAUUUUGAGCAUAUGGGAGACUGCUGAUGUUAUCAAGAUAAGUGAAGAGGAGAUUUCUUUUCUAACGGAAGGAGAAGAUCCUUAUGACGAAAAUGUUGUUCGAAAAUUGUACCAUCCAAAUCUUAAAUUACUGCUGGUCACUGAGGGCCCUGAUGGCUGCAGGUAUUACACCAAGGAGUUCAGUGGAAGAGUCAAGGGUAUGAAGGUAGAUGCAGUGGACACCACUGGUGCUGGGGAUGCAUUUGUAGCUGGAAUACUAUCACAACUAGCUGUUGAUCUCUCUUUGCUUCAGGAAGAGGGCAAACUGAGAGAUGCUCUUCUGUUUGCUAAUGCUUGUGGUGCAUUGACUGUGACGGAGAGAGGUGCUAUUCCGGCUUUGCCGACUAGAGAAGCUGUGCUGAAUGUCAUGCUCAAAUCUGUAGCAUAAGUUCUUGAAGUAAAUAUGUAACUACCUCCGAGGUUCCUGCCUAUAUAUUAGAAUGGUGACAACACUGAGCCCAUUUGAAAAUUUUCCAAUUUAUGGUUGUAGUCAGCUCAUGCUGCUGUGAGAUAUAACUCAGCCAUUUUAGCACAAUUAAGAUUUGAUUGUAACACAUCAUGUCACCAUCAUCCAAUAAACAUUCAUGCUGAGAUACAGCACUAAUAAUAAUUUUCAGCCAGCUUUUUCUUGCAAA